GGGAUCCCAGAAGUGUUUCGGACGCGGUCGUGUUCGUGUACGAUCGACGCAUGCUUUUUUCUCGUACUGUCGUGCGCGCGAACGUGCUACAUACUGUCGCUGCUUGAUUGUUUUUGGACGUAAAACGAAAGUAAUAAGAAGAAAAGAGCGAAACGAACGAUGCGUUGGAUCAAGAGGUGGUACGCGUGUCUUAUAAUCGAGUGAAGAGAAGUGUGCUUUAUCCUAUAACUUGUAUUCCUGUCGAUCUUUCCUUCUUUCUAUAUUUUUUCUUUCUCUGUUUAUUUCUCUCUCUCUCUCUCUCUCUCUCUUUUUCUUUCUCUCUUAUUUUCCUUUUCCAUCGGUAUUUCUCUCUCUCUCUCUCUCUCUCUCUCUCUCUUUUUCUCUUUCUCUUUCUCUCUCUCUCUCUUCUCUCGGUCAGUGUGUGCACGCAGGAGGCCCGAUGAGUGUGUGUCUAAUCGACGUAUGUGGAUAAAAUCGACGGCACCAUGUUGAUGCUGCUGCUGCCACGACGUAAAUUGGAUUACAAUUCGAGCAGGAGCGUGUGGUUUCCAACGGUGCUGUUGCUCCUUUUCUCAUUUCUACCAAAUGUGUCCGGUUUCGUUUCGUGUUCACCGAGUCCAUGUAAGAACGGCGGAAUCUGCACGUCAACGGUACGAGGAGAAUUGCAUUGCAACUGCACAUCAAAAUACGUCGGAGAGUACUGUCAACAUUUGAACCCCUGUCAUACUGGACCACGUUGUCAAAACGGUGGUUCCUGUAGAGUGAGAGAGAUCAUAGGAGGUGGAACACCAUCGUUCACGUGUUCCUGUCCUGUUGGAUUUACUGCUAGUCUCUGUGAAAUUCCAAUUGACAAUGCCUGCGAUUCCUCGCCCUGUCUCAACGGUGCCACCUGUAAUCUUAAAUCUUUAUACGAGUACGUGUGCACGUGCGCGACAGGUUAUACAGGAGAACAUUGUGAACGGGAGGAUUAUUGUGCUUCGUCACCCUGUCGAAACGGUGCAGAGUGUCGUUCAUUGGAGGACAGUUACAAGUGCACGUGUGCAUUGGGCUUCGCCGGACGCAAUUGUGCCGAUGACAUCGAUGAAUGCGAGAGAAAUCCGUGCAAGCACGGUACUUGCAAAAAUAUUCAUGGAUCUUACAAAUGCAUGUGUUCGAGCGGUUACACGGGACAGAACUGCGAAAACGAAUACAUUCCCUGCGAUCCAUCGCCGUGUCAAAACGGAGGCUCGUGUCGGUCGAUCGACGAACUCGAAUACCAGUGUUUGUGUCCCGAAGGUUUUCGCGGUAAACAUUGCGAGGAGAACAUCGAUGACUGUCCGGGAAAUCUUUGUCAGAACGGCGCGACAUGUAUCGACAGGGUAAAUGAAUAUUCGUGUCUUUGUCCACCAACAUUCACCGGCACGCAAUGCGAGUUAGACGUCGACGAAUGUUCGACGCGACCUUCGGUCUGUCACAACGGUGCAACUUGUACGAAUUCGCACGGCAGUUAUUCUUGCAUAUGUGUCAAUGGCUGGACUGGACCUGAUUGCAGCGUUAACAUCGAUGAUUGUGCUGGCGCUGCCUGUUUCAAUGGUGCGACUUGCAUCGAUCGUGUCGGAAGUUUCUAUUGUCAGUGCACUUACGGAAAGACAGGUCUUUUAUGUCAUCUCGACGAUGCCUGCACGUCAAAUCCUUGUCAUGAGGGAGCAAAUUGUGACACUAGCCCUAUCAAUGGUUCCUUCACUUGUUCCUGUGCUACUGGUUAUAAGGGUGUCGAUUGUUCCGAAGAUAUCGACGAGUGCGAACAAGGUUCUCCUUGCGAGCACGACGGAAUUUGCGUGAAUACGCCCGGGUCCUUUGCUUGUAACUGCACGCAAGGAUUCACAGGACCAAGAUGCGAGACGAACGUGAACGAGUGCGAGUCUCACCCUUGUCAAAAUGACGGUUCCUGCUUGGACGAUCCUGGAACGUUUCGUUGCGUCUGCAUGCCCGGUUUCACGGGAACCCAAUGCGAGAUAGAUAUCGACGAAUGCGCUGCAAAGCCUUGCCUGAACAACGGAAUUUGCACCGAUCUCAUAAACUCAUUCAAGUGUACCUGUGCCGAUGGUUUUGCUGGUUCACACUGCCAAAUCAACAUCGACGAUUGCGCCUCAUCGCCAUGCAAGAACGGUGGAACGUGUCAGGAUUCGAUAGCAAAGUAUACGUGCGAAUGUCCACCAGGAUUCACUGGUGCAUCCUGCGAGACAAACAUAAACGAUUGUCAAUCGAAUCCUUGUCACAGUGGCAACUGCAUCGAUGGCGAGAACAGCUUCAGUUGCAGUUGUUUCCCAGGUUUCACUGGCAGACUAUGUCAAACCCAAAUCGACGAAUGCGAGAGCAAUCCUUGCCAAUUUGGUGGACGUUGCGAGGAUAAGAUCAAUGGUUAUCAAUGUAUAUGCAGACCUGGAACUUCUGGUACCAACUGCGAGGUCAACGUCAAUGAAUGCUAUAGUAAUCCAUGUAGAAACGGGGCUAGAUGCAUUGAUGGUAUCAACAGAUACUCAUGCGAAUGCGAGCCUGGUUUUACCGGACAACACUGCGAAACGGAUAUAAAUGAAUGCGCAAGCAAUCCUUGUGCAAACGGUGGCCGAUGCAUUGAUCUAAUAAAUGGUUUUAGAUGCGAGUGCCCUCGCGGUUAUUACGAUGCAAGAUGUCUCAGUGAUGUCGACGAAUGUGCUAGCAACCCCUGUGUAAACGGUGGUACCUGUGAAGAUGGAGUCAACCAAUUUAUUUGCCAUUGCUUACCUGGUUAUGGUGGCAAAAGAUGUGAAGCUGACAUCGACGAAUGUGGCUCAAAUCCUUGCCAACACGGUGGCACUUGUAACGAUCAUCUCAAUGGUUAUAGUUGCAAGUGUUUACCCGGUUACGCUGGUACAAAUUGUGAAACCAACGUCGACGAUUGCGCUAACAAUCCAUGUCAAAAUGGUGGAUCUUGCAUCGAUCUUGUAAACGAUUAUAAAUGCGUUUGCGAGUUACCUCAUACCGGUAGAAACUGCGAGGACAAGUUGGACCCUUGCUCACCUAACAAAUGUCUACACGAUGCAAAAUGUUCACCUUCGUCCAACUUUCUCGACUUUGCCUGUACUUGUACAGUAGGUUACACUGGCAGAUUAUGUGACGAAGAUGUCGACGAAUGCAUUAUGACGUCCCCGUGUCGAAAUGGUGCCACUUGCAGGAACACUAAUGGAUCUUAUCAAUGCGUCUGUGCUAAAGGCUACGAAGGCCGGGAUUGCAUAAUCAACACCGAUGAUUGUGCAUCAUAUCCGUGCCAAAAUGGUGGAACCUGUUUAGAUGGAAUUGGUGACUAUACUUGUCUAUGCGUUGAUGGUUUCAACGGCAAACAUUGUGAAGUGGAUGUAAAUGAAUGUCAAUCGCAGCCUUGUCAAAAUGGAGCAGUUUGUAAGGAAUACGUAAAUUCGUAUACAUGUCAAUGUCAACUUGGCUUCUCCGGCAUAAAUUGUCAAACCAAUGACGAAGAUUGCACUGAUAGCAGUUGUAUGAAUGGUGGCAAGUGUAUCGACGGAAUAAACAACUAUACUUGCGUUUGCAAACCUGGCUAUACUGGUUCGAAUUGUCAAUACCGUAUAAACGAGUGUGAUAGUUCGCCUUGUUUAAACGGUGCAACUUGUCAUGAUCAUGUGCAAUAUUAUACGUGUCAUUGUCCUUAUGGCUAUACCGGUACAAGAUGCGGCGAAUACGUAGACUGGUGUGCUGAUAAUCCCUGUGAAAAUGGAGCAACGUGCGUUCAACACAAUAACAAGUACCACUGCAAUUGUUCGCCAGGUUGGACUGGCAAGGUUUGUGACGUAGAAAUGGUCUCAUGCAAGGAUGCUGCUAUUAGGAAAGGUGUGCUUGAAAAGAAUCUUUGUAAUAAUGGUACUUGCGAAGACAUUGGAAAUAGUCAUCGGUGUCAUUGCAUCGAAGGUUAUACUGGUUCUUAUUGUCAAGAAGAAAUCGAUGAAUGUGAAUCCGCUCCUUGUCAAAACGGUGCAACCUGUAAAGAUUUAGUCGGUUCAUAUCAAUGUCAAUGUACGAAAGGUUUCCAAGGACAAAAUUGUGAACUUAAUGUUGACGAUUGUAGGCCAAAUCCUUGUCAAAAUGGCGGCACAUGUCACGAUCUAAUCAAUAACUUCAGUUGCUCCUGUCCACCGGGUACACUUGGAUUUUUAUGCGAGAUCAACGUAGAUGAUUGCGUAGUUGGCGCUUGUCAUAAUAAUGGAACAUGCACUGAUAAAGUUGGUGGAUUCGAAUGUAAAUGUCCACCAGGUUUUGUAGGACCAAGAUGCGAAGGAGAUAUAAACGAAUGUUUAUCAAAUCCCUGUGCUUCACCUGGUACUCAAGAUUGCGUUCAACUUGUAAACAACUAUCAUUGCAAUUGUAAACCUGGUUAUAUGGGUCGCCACUGCGAAGUAAAAGUUAAUUUCUGUGAUAGUUCACCUUGUCAGAACGGCGGUGUAUGUGCUGCCAAACAAGCCGGUCACACAUGUAUCUGUCCUAACGAUUAUCAUGGAAAGAAUUGUGAAUUUGCUGGCUCUUACUGUGAUACGGAACCUUGUUUGAACGGUGGUACCUGUCGGAUAACUGAAACAGAAAUUGGCUAUAGAUGUCAUUGUCCACCGGGCACAACAGGCACUCACUGUGAAAUAGAUGCUAGAGAUGAAUGUGCUAGUAACCCUUGCCAACAAUCAGAUGCCGUUUGCGAAAAUCUUCUCGGAGAUUACACUUGUUAUUGUCCACCAAAAUGGACUGGCAAGAACUGUGAAAUUUACGAUCCAAAUUAUAGAGGUGGUGUAUUCGGUAGACCAAAUUCAAACAUUCCAAAGAACAUGAAUGCUUACGAUCUCGACUUGGAACGCGAAAGGAAAAGAUGUAUCGAAAAUCGUUGCGAAGAAAAGUCUGGAAAUCAUCACUGCGACGAAGAAUGUAAUAGAUAUGCAUGUAAUUUCGACGGAAACGAUUGUUCUCUUGGUAUUAAUCCUUGGAGAAACUGUACCGCUCCAAUAAACUGUUGGGAUGUCUUCAUGAACGAUGUUUGCGAUGAAGUAUGCAACAACGCUCAGUGUCUCUUCGAUGGAAGAGAUUGCGAGAGAAAAUUAGCACCUUGCAAUCCGAUAUACGAUGCGUAUUGUCGAAAACAUUAUGCUAAUGGUUAUUGCGACUAUGGAUGUAACAACGAAGAAUGUAAUUGGGAUGGCUUGGAUUGUGACGGAAAACCACCCUCCUUAGCAGAAGGUGUUAUUUCUGUGGUAGUCAGGAUGGAUAUGCAGACUUUUCGUUCUAACGUAGUGGCAUUCCUACGAGAUAUCGGUCACGAAUUAAGAACUACGUUACGUGUGAAACAAGACGAGCUUGGUAAUGACAUGAUAUAUCCUUGGAAAAGAGAACGAGAACCAAGUUUGCAAACGAAUUUCUUUGGUAGACAGGCAACGAUUUAUACGAAUAGUCAAAGCGGUGUUAUAGCGUAUUUAGAGAUUGAUAAUAGAAAAUGUACAGUAACACAGGGUGCCGUAUGCUUUCCAUCAGCCAACGAAGCAGCAGAAUAUUUAGCUGCUACAGCCUCGAAACAUUCUCUUUCGAGAAAUUUCCCUAUCGAGCAAGUUCGAGGUGUUGUUGGUCCUCAAGGUCCUGAAUAUCCUGAUACACCAACAAAUUACAAGUAUGUCUUCAUUGGUGUCAUUAUCGUGAUAGUCGGAGGAAUGCUUGUAGGAGUUUUGGUGACAGCACAAAGGAGACGAGCAGUUGGAGUGACAUGGUUCCCAGAAGGUUUUCUACGAACGAAUAGUGGAAGUGGUCAGAGACGUAGAUCACGUCGAAGAGGUCCCGAUGGACAAGAAAUGCGUAAUCUCAAUAAACAACCAUCGGUGAAUUGCAUGGAUCUCGAUGUAGGAAAUGGUCGAGCACAACAAUGGUCGGACGACGAAUCGGAUCUUCCACCAUCGAAACGAAUGCGAGCUAUUGAACCUGGUUAUGCAAGCGAUCACACGGCCAUCACUGACUACGAAGAAACGGAACCAAGAAUGUGGACUCAACAACAUUUGGAUGCAGCAGAAAUACGAACUAGACCGGAUGCAGGAGUUUUAACGCCGCCUAGUCUCGAGCAUGGUCAAGAUGUAGAUGCUAGAGGACCAUGUGGAAUGACUCCAUUAAUGGUGGCCGCUGUACGUGGAGGUGGGCUUGACACUGGAGAAGAGGAAGAUGAAAGUGAUGGUACCGCAGCUGUUAUCGCUGAUCUCGUGGCACAAGGUGCUGAUUUAAAUGCUACUACCGAUAAGAGCGGUGAAACUUCGCUUCAUCUCGCUGCUAGAUAUGCCAGAUCAGAUGCAGCUAAGCGUCUCUUGGAUGCUGGAGCUGAUGCUAACUCACAAGAUAAUACCGGCAGAACGCCUUUACAUUCAGCCGUCGCUGCGGAUGCGAUGGGAGUAUUCCAAAUUCUUCUUAGAAAUAGAGCAACGAAUCUUAACGCUCGAAUGCACGAUGGUACCACUCCUUUGAUAUUGGCUGCACGUUUAGCAACCGAAGGAAUGGUAGAAGAUCUGAUUAAUGCUGAUGCUGAUAUAAAUGCUGCCGAUAAUAGCGGCAAAACUGCUCUUCAUUGGGCCGCAGCUGUUAAUAAUGUAGAUGCUGUUAACAUAUUACUUGUCCAUGGUGCGAACAGAGACGCACAGGACGACAAAGACGAGACUCCGCUGUUCCUCGCUGCAAGAGAGGGCAGCUUUGAAGCUUGUAAAGCUUUACUCGAUACAUUUGCCAAUAGAGAAAUUACAGAUCAUAUGGAUCGAUUACCAAGAGAUGUAGCCAGCGAAAGGUUACAUCAUGACAUCGUCAGAUUAUUAGACGAGCAUGUACCUAGAUCACCUCAAAUGAUGAACGUCAUGCCGAAUGGUCCUCUAAUAGGAUCCCCAAAUCAUCCUCAACUUAUUACACAUCCAACUGUUAUCGGUUCCGCACCGAAACAAGCGAAAUCGAAGAAACGACCAAAAACUGGUGGUACAGGGAACCCAAACAGUCCAGAAUCCGAAGGUGCAGUGGUGGUCAUGAGGCGAAAGCCGUCGGUAAAGAAGCCACCGGCGAAGCGUGGCGCUCAGCCCCCAAACCAGGAAAUCCCUCAGGGAGCGGAGGGAGCUGAGGGAAACCUACCAAGCCCGUACGACAGUGCGAGCCUUUACAGUAACGCCUUGCCUUUAGUGGGUCAUACGGCGACAGCGAAACAACCACCACCGUAUGAGGAUUGUAUAAAGGGACAGUCCAUACAAGGCUUGCAACAGCUCGGUCUUGACACAUUCACGAAUAACUACGGGCUGCCAAAUUUUCACGAUCAACUAUUAGCCUCGCAUCAGAGACAAACGCAGGGUAUGGUGAACACGUUAUCGCCACCAUACAGCAAUCAGUCACCGCCACAUUCAGUACAGUCAAACAUGACGCUCUCUCCUCAAGCGAGCUACAUGGGCUCGCCCUCGCCAGCAAAGAGCCGGCCGUCACUUC